GUGUGGGGGGGUGUCCCCGGGGGGAGGGGGGGUGUGUCACGCCCCGUGUCCGGGCCGCGGGCUCUCAGGCGGAGGCUGAGCGCUGAGGAGGCGGCGGGAGGCCGGGCCCGAGGCCGAGGCCUGAGUGAGGGAGAGGCCGCGACAGACAGCGAGAGACACGGGGCCGCCAUGAGCAGCUCCCCCGCACCCCGCGUCGUCUACAACGGCAAACGGAACAACGCUCCUCGCUCGCCCACCAACGCCGCCCCCCAGGAGCUCUACACGCCGGCUCACGAGGAGAACGUUCGGUUCAUACACGACGCCUGGCAGUACGUGGAGAGAGAGCUGCGGAGCCAGAUGUCAGGGAGUGAGCGAGGACCAGUGCAGUACGUGGAGAAGAAUCCCAACCCCAACCUGAGCAAUUUCACACCGAUCGACCUGAACGACUGGAAGAGGAGGAGUAUGUCAGACGUUAAGAAGUCCUAAAGGAGCGUGUUUUUUUAUUUGUUUGUCGGUUUGGGGCUGAUCGGAGCGGAUUGUUUCUCUUCUCCCUCCACC